CAUUAUUCCCAUCAUCGAGACACCAAGUGUCCCCCAGGCCCCCAAAAACCCAAAAAAACCCAUCCUCAAUUUCAUAAACAACUUGAAAAAUCCACAAAUCUCGAUCUAAGAAUUCCGCAAAACGUUCUAGAAACAAAAAUAAAUAAAUAAUCGAGUAUCGGGCGACGACUGGUGGUGGCAGUAUGCUCUACACUGUCAAAAUGGCGUUGAUCACUUCAGAUUGGCGGUGAACAUUGGCGAAAAAAGUCCACGAUAAAAUCAGUGUCUCACUAAUUUUCCAGAGAAAAGUGGAAUAAAAAAAUCAAUCAAUCCAGGAAGAUAUUCUAGUUUAUCGUUGUUCAGUAGCGAUCAGUUUAAUUUUCACCCCAAUAGUUUGAAUUCCCCUGACACGAGGCACAACGGAGGAACGUUCAGGAGGCGUGUUGGAACACGUAAAAAUCACCGGAUCAUUUUCGGACGGAUUUUUCCAACAUACUCAACAUAAACAAUAAUAAAUCAUCGAGUAUUGCUCAGCAAUGCUCGUUAAUCACCUCAAUAUAGUUCCUGACAGUUGCAUCGGAAUUAUCGUGAAGAGGGAAGACAAAGGGACGUCAUCAAUAGUGAGAUACGUCGCCAAUAACGCUUGUGACCCUCAAGUGAGGAGUCAUUAGACCCCUUUUAGACAAAUACAACCUCCAAAAUGAAGAUCGAUCGCAGCAGAUUGAAGAAGUGUACUUCGGAAGUGCCAGCAGAAUGUCAGGCAUUGAUAAGUAAAUUGCGAUCGUGCUCCCACACCGAGCUCCUCGAGGAGUUGAAGCAGAUCGACGCCUGGACAUUUGGAAAAUGUGAAUUAUUUCACUGGAUCGAUGUCCUGGACCUUAGUGACAGUAUCCUCGAGGAGGCAUGCGCCCGCAGCCCAGACAAUCCCUGGGAAUUGGCGUGCGAUCUUCCUCAGAAUAGAGAAGCUAAGGAGCUUCUCCUCUGGGUCCUCCACUUCACGACCCUUUUGAUUGAGCACUCAUUUUCACGUCACCUCUACAACAGCAUGGAGCACCUGGUCACCCUGCUCUCCAGCUGUGACAUGCACGUGGUCCUGGGUGUUCUCAAUCUCCUCUACAUGUUCAGCAAACGCAGUAACUUCAUCACACGUUUGAAUAAUGACAAACGACAGGCACUGCUGAGUCGAUUGAAUCACUUGGCUGAAUCCUGGGGAGGAAAGGAGAAUGGAUUUGGCCUGGCUGACUGCUGCAAGGAGCACCCGGACAAGGCCUUCCCCGUGAGUGCAACGACACUUCACUUUGAGUACUACGCUGAGAAUCCCACGACGUCCUCGGAGGCUCAACCCACCACCCCCAGCUCUCGCAAAACCAGUCAAACAAAUCUCGUUACAUACAUUCACAUCGAGAAUGUUGACAAACUUGGAAAAACACCAGCCCAAAUAAUGAACGAUCUUCUGAAGUAUUACAAUGUACCUCAGGAUCGACAGAUGGCUCUUUUCACUCACAUUAGACUUGCUCACAGUUUCUCAGACUACCGCAGACGUCUGCAGUGCGUUCAGGCCAGACUUCAAGCCCUCUCGGUUCUAGUGUAUAGUCAUGCUCUCCAGGAGAAUGCCCACAGCCUUCUGCAUCCGGGACUCCUCGAGGAACUCGUCGAGCUGCUCGAGCUGCCUCAUCAACAUCUCGUAGAAAUUCGAGCAGCUGCUCUCAGAGCAUUAACCAGCAUAAUCCACCUGGACAGGAAUCCACAUUUCCCUAAGAAACCAGGGUCACGGCUAAAUAUGAUUAUAGAUGUCACUGGAGCGAGCUCUUAUCACGGAUUUCUCCCAGUUCUCGUCAGAACCUGCAUCACAACACUCACAUCACCGCAACCCGAUGGACAGCUCUUUCCUUUACCUCUGGCAACUGCUCUCUUCAGUUUUCUGUAUCAUCUGGCGAGCUAUGAAGCUGGGGGAGAGGCCCUCGUUUCCUGUGGCAUGAUGGAAAUUCUUCUCAAGGUUAUCAAUUGGCCUGGAAGUGAACUCGAACACAUUACCUUCGUAACACGGGCUGUCAGAGUAAUCGAUCUCAUCACUAAUAUCGAUAUGCAAGGGUUCCAGGCGCACGGAGGUCUAGGAAGUUUCAUAAAUCGAUUGGACAUGGAGGUGAACGUCUGCAGAAAGGAGCAACCAUUCGAGAUCGAGCCCCACAUGUACAAUCAGGAAGUUGUGGCCAUGAAGGAUAAGUCUGAGGGCCCUGAGGAGGCUGGACCCUCCGGCCUCAGCAGCAUCGAUGAGCGCGAAGAAACCUCGAAUCCUAUGGAGUUUUCAGAGGACGAAAAUACAAAUUCAAAAUUCGAGAAUAAAGGAGAGCAGAGGACUGAGGGCUCGGGGAGGUCUGGCAAAACUUGUCUGCCUCAGAGAGCAGCUCUUUUAAAAUCCAUGCUGAAUUUUUUGAAGAAGGCUAUCCAGGAUCCCGCCUUCUCGGACAGUAUCAGGCACGUUAUGGAGGGUGAACUGCCGUCCUCACUGAAACACAUUAUCAGUAAUUCAGAAUACUACGGGCCAUCAUUGUUCCUCCUGGCGAUUGACGUGGUGACAGUCUACGUCUUUCAAGAGCCUUCUCUGCUGUCGUCUCUGCAGGAUAAUGGACUCACCGAUGUUGUCCUUCAUGCUUUAUUGAUUAAGGAUGUGCCAGCGACCCGUGAAGUGCUGGGCUCACUUCCCAAUGUGUUCAGUGCACUGUGUCUCAACCAGAGGGGCCUCGAGUCCUUCGUCAAACGACGACCUUUCGAGAAGUUGUUCAAGGUACUCAUCUCACCGACGUAUCUCUCAGCCAUGAGAAGGCGCAGGUCUGCAGAUCCCCUUGGGGACACAGCAUCCAACCUGGGGAAUGCAAUGGACGAACUUAUGAGGCAUCAGCCCAGUUUGAAGGUCGAUUCCACAGCAGCUAUUAUCAAACUUCUCGAAGAACUCUGUGUUCUAGGGUGUGAUCCUAGGUAUGUAUGCUACAGGGCUGCUAAUAAAUCAGAGAACUCUCCAUCGAACUCGAGCUCUGGUAGUCGACAGUCCUCAGGACAGUCUGUUGGGGUUGGGGUUGGGGAUAAUGGAGCAGGUGGAGGAGGAGGAGGUGGUAGUAGUAGCGACGAGGAAGAGGAGGACGAGGAGGAAGCCAGUACUAGCUCUCAUCCCCACAGGGAGGAGCAACCUUCACCCUCUCCAGUACAACCUGGACCACCUCCUCAGCAACCUAGAGAAAAAACACCGAUAGCUCUUGUCGAUUAUAUUCACAAUGUCAUGAAAUUUGUGGAUGCAAUACUGAGUAAUAACUCGACUGAUGAUCACUGUCGUGAAUUCGUUGCGCAGAAAGGGCUGGUUCCACUACUGUCGAUUCUCGGGCUGCCUAAUCUGCCGGUGGAUUAUCCGGUGGCCCAGGCUGCCCAGUCAGUCGCAUCGGUCUGCAAAAGUAUUCUCAAUCUUGCUCAUGAACCCCUCGUCUUGAAGACAGGACUACUUCAGUUAAAUGAAGUAUUAAAUCUUCUGAAACCACUUCACAGUCACAUGGAGUCACCAGGAGGCUCCGUCCUUCUCCACGAGCUCGCAUCAGCCCCCAACUUAGAGACUGCAUUCACGAGUGACACUGCGACUCCUCUACUCCAUGCCAUGAAUGCAGCCCAUGGCUACGUCGUGAUGUUCGUUCACGUGUGCAGAACGAGUCAAACAGAAAUUAGAAAUCUAUCGAUGAAUCACUGGGGCUCCGAGGUGGGCCUGUCUGUUCUCCAGGGUUUAUCCGAGCUAUACAUGUCCCUUGUCUGGGAGAGCACUCUCCUACUGGCCCUGUGCAGCGAUGACAACAUUCCUCCAGGCUGUGAUUUUGGAAAAGAAGACAUGGAUAAAUUGAUUCCAGCGGAACUGCGAGAUGCCGAUGCAUCGACCUGGCCCAGUACCUCCGCGGACAUGGGCAGCAAUGGUAUGACAACAGCGAUGGAAGCAUUGAGCACUGAUCCACCUCCAGUGUCAAUGGAAAUUGAUGAUAAACCGAGUACAAGCACUACUGGACGAGCAUCUCCCAGUGCUCAUCAGUUGAAAUACAUAAAGCCCCUGCUAGGGGCGUCAUCGCGGCUUGGACGAGCAUUGGCAGAAUUAUUUGGCCUCCUAGUUAAACUUUGCAUGGGCUCACCUAUUAGACAGAGGCGUGGUCAACAGCUCCCAAUGAUGCCCACAAUUCCAAAUUCUGCAGCACGUGGCGUAGCCUGUGCCCUGAAUUGCCUCCUCACCAGAGGCCUCUCCUGGGGCAAAUUGCCACCCUCGCCUAUCCCAAAAUUCAAGCUGACAUUCCUCAUCUGCUCGGUGGGAUUCACCUCUCCAAUGCUGUUCGAUGAGAAAAGACAUCCUUAUCACCUCAUGCUCCAGAAGUUUGUGCAAUUGAGAGGACAGAGUGCAUUCUUUUCCACUUUUCGUUGGGCCUUGUCUGGGGGUGGACAAUUUCCAUUGUCAGAGGGAUUGGAACACCCAGACCUGCCCGAUGGCACUGGGGAAUUUCUCGACGCCUGGCUAAUGCUCCUGGAGAAGAUGGUCAAUCCCAAGGCGAUCCUAGACUCUCCUCACGUUGGAUUAUCCAAGUGUACAGGGGUGUACAAUCCUUACAAAUCAUUUGACCCAAUAAAAUACCUCCAGAAUGUUCACAAGAAGGCGUUCGACGCUGUGAUGCUCAUGUGGGGGAAGAAACCCCUCAAGAAUUACGGGGCCAGGAUGACAGAGUCAAUUUUAUCGAUAUUGAGGCAUAUCCUGAGAGGUGAGAAAAUUAUCAAAGAGAGGACUGAAGAGGAGGAAGGAGGAGAGGAAAUAUCGGGAACGAGUACCAGUGGAACCGCAGCGACUAGAACAGCCACCACAGAGAGAAGAGAGGAUCCUGAGGCUGAUGUAAAUCCUGAGCACCUAAGACAGCUCAUGGAUAUGGGAUUCAGCAGGGCUAAUUGUGUGGAAGCACUUCUCCAUAAUUUGACUGUGGAACAGGCCACUGAUUACCUUCUGUCUCAUCCAGCUACACUUCGCAGGCCGGAAGCACCUGCAGGGGACACAUCGACAGGGCCUGUUAUGGAUCUGGAUCUUGUUGAUGACCAAAUAAUGUACGCUAUUGCCAUGAGUCUAGGGGAUAACGAUCCCAAAAAGGCUUCAGGGCCUGAGGAGCCUGUCAGAGACACUCCAAUCACCGAAACCAUCGACGAUUUCACUUCUACUGCCCUCGAACAGUGUCUCAAUCUUCUUGAUCUUAUGCCUGAUACUGUCUACAGGGUCUGUGAUCUUCUGGUGACAAUAACUAAGAGAAAUGGGGAUGAGUGGAGGGAUAAGAUGCUGAGACAUCUCAUCAAGGAGAUCGACGAGCUCAUGGAUCAUUUGAUAGGCAUUGCCCUUUCCCAGGAUGAAGAUGCUGGAACUAAACUCAUAGAAUGUGAGGAGGCGACGAAAAUUGCUGGAAGGAUAUACCUCUACACUCUGUUCUUCGAGGGGACCUUCCAGGAGAUGAGAGUCCCAUGUGCCCAGAUUGUCAACGAGUGUGGAAUACUCGAUCAGCUGGUUCGUCUCCUGGUGAUCAGUGAGGGUCCACUAACAGCUAUGAAAAACAAAGUUGCGAAGGAGAGCAAAGACGGUCAACCUGUGGUAGCUAAAACUCCAAAAUGGCUCGCUCCACUGCUCCUCUUAAUCGAUCGUCUGGAGAAGGUAGCUGUUCUCACUCAGAGGAAGCAACUGAUGCACAAGGUGACCAAUAGAGUGUGGAAGUGGUUCGAUCUGAGCACUGGAAAAUGGACGCCUUAUUCAUCGGUUAAUAAUCGAUUGAUCAAUGAUGCUUACUGGGCUGGUGAAUCCAGUGUAAGGAUCAAUUACUCGAGGAGAAGAUACUUGAUAACAUUCUCUUGCAUGACACAAGUAAAUGAGGACAGCGACAACAGGAGGCCCAUUACCAUGGGUUUCAAGUUUCAGAAUUCAAAUACUGAGGAGUCGAGCUCGAGUUCUGAUUCUAAUAUGGAUACAGAGGAGGUGACCACUGAGGAUAAACGUAACACAGUGAUCGAGGGAUUGGAUCCUAGCAUUGCUCCUAGUAUUGUCAGGGCUUGUGUCAAACUACUGGCAAUUCCAGUUGACAGGGACACACUCCAUGCUCUCAUGAAAGUCUGUUUACGAUUGACUCGAGACUACAAGAAUGCUGAAGUAUUCGCUAGAGAGGGAGGUGUUCAGCUUCUCCUAGAUAUGACUCAGGCAAUCAGUUUCAUAGGGUGUAUCAGUCUGAGUACACUUCUGAUACGUCACACUCUGGAGGAACCUCGAACCCUUCGUCUGGCGAUGGAGAAGGUCGUAAGGAGCAGAACCCAGGCGAAUAUACCCCCUGCCUAUAAAGAAAUUCUCUUCAUGACAAGGCAAAUCAGCAGUGCCGUCUGCAGAAAUCCUGAGGUCUACCGAGAGGUCUGCGAGAAUAUUCUCAGGGUUGAUAUAAGUGUUCUCAAGAGGGACGAUGUUGACAAUCGCCUGGUGGUGAGGGCCCUCCCCCCUAAUCACUCAUCAGCAAUGCCAAUGGCUGAAGAUGUGGCUGUCUCAGUCAUUCAUGAUCUGCUCGACGCCCUCAUCAAGCCGGUGCCUGUUUUCCCUGACGAUAAUACCCCAACACCCACUGGCAGCCCCGAGAAAAAAACAACAACAUCCACAUCGACAACACUUGGAGUCUCCUCGACAUCAAGACGCAACGAAGUUCGAGGGAAUGCAACUGCCAAUGGGCCCCUCGACGACGAUGAUCAGAUCGUUCCCCUGAAGAUGUCCAGUGACUACUUGAAUAAUGGAAAAGUCGAGCCUGAGGAGGCAAAAAAGCCCCUCCUCCCUAAAUCAGCUAUUCUUAAAAUGUUAGCUGAGGCAGUGAGAUCCUACGGAGCUGUUGCUAAUUUAAUCACCGAACACAGCUACCGAGCUGGACAAAGUGAGCUGGUCCCAGAGGACGUUUCUGCCCUGGCAUUCCUCCUCGACAAAUUACUACCAGCUUCCCCUGAGAACUCUGGGGAUAGACAAUGCAGCAGCAUGGCCAGGAUGCUAAUAGCUGCAAUAGCCUCGUGCAAUCAUUCCCCCGAUGCUCAAUCCAGUCUCGUUACUGAAGUCAAAGCUGCACUCACCAGAACUCUGGCACAGCCUGAAAGCUCUGAGAAACAUGCACAACUCCAGCUACUCAUUGGCCUCAUAUCCACGAUGAUCGACAGCUGCCCACCUACAUCUCACUCUCAACUGCGAGCUCCACUCAAGGUUCACCAGUACAAUAACGUUAAUUAUAUCGUGAGAAUCAUGCUGCGGAAGGGAAUCAUAACAGAUCUGGCGAAAAUUCCACACAGUCUCGAUCUCUCCAGUCCCAAUAUGGCAGGCACUAUAAAUGCUGCUUUGAAACCACUGGAGACACUCUCCAGGAUCAUAAAUCAGCCCAUGCCAGGGGCUGUCAACAACAAAUUCCCUAAACCAAAAAACAGAACUAUUCAGGAAGAGCCCAUAGGCGAUCAGACUGGAACGACUACUUCAGAGGCUACUCAUGCUGUGGGAGAAGAGGCUAAUGAAGAUGCCGAGAACACUGAGCAUGACAUAUCGCUGAAUGCUGAGAGCCUGGAGCCCACCUCUGAGAGCCAGGUGCACGAGGAGGGGGAUGAAGCUGCUUUGGAGGACAUCAUGGAUCAAUUGCUCGAGAGUGUUCUGUUCUCCAGGGACGGCUCUGCCGUUGCAGAAGAACCCACGUCCCGUUCCCAUCGACCAAUGGAUAUCGAUGACGAGGGUCUCGCUAUGAGAGAUGCUGAAGGGGAUUUCGAUCCCACCAGGGAUACAACCGUAAGAGAGGACCUGAUGAGUUCGGAUUCAGACUCAGAUUCAAAUCCAUCCGAUGACAACGAGGACGACGUUCAGGACGACGAGGAUGAAGAGGAGGAGGAGGAAGAGGAUGACGAUGGUGAAGAAAACGAGGAGGAGGAGGAGGAUGAGGAGGAGGGCUCCUCGAAUUACGAAGAAGACGGUAUGGACUACUAUGAGGACGUGGGUGAGGGAAUAUUCAGAAUGCUACCAUCAGCCGAGAGAGACGGCAGUAAUGUCGUUAUGAUUCAACAUAAUUUUGAUAAUCACGAGAACAAUUCCACUACUCCAGCGUCAACGAGACAGAAUCAUCCAUGGGGUUUUCCACUGCCACUGGGGCUUUUUGAAGAUCUUCCAUCAGUGUCAGAGUCCAAUGGAAUUGGCUCACACCCAUUGCUGAUGGCCCAGGGUAGUUUAGAUACGGCGAGUACACGUGCCCAGAGAUCUAUUCGCCAGAGGAGAUUUCAAUACCUCCACCUGGCCAAUUCGAGAAAUGCAAAUCCUCCUGUUAUACUUCAAAGACUUCUUGUGCCAGCUGCUCAGUCUCUUCCUCUAUCAGCCACUCAAAUGUUGGCUUCCAACUUCAGGGAUACUAGAGUCGUCCUCAUGGAUAAUAAUGGUCUGGGAAUAUUCUCGAAUCAAGAGGAGGAGCAGAUAGAUUUUGUCGAUCAAUCUGGGUACCUCUUUGGACCGAGUCUGGCAGCGACUCUCAAUAAUAUUCCCACAGCACUUCACUGGUGGAUCGAGGAGAGCAAACAGCUCGAUGGUGAUUCUCAACCAGACUGCUGCGUUGGUGUUGUUCACAAACUCGUUCCCGGCCUCGAGAAAUACCGAAAUGUCGAACUAGCUGAGAGGAAGGACAAACGAAAGAAACAGCACGCUGACAAGGACACAGAUAAAGAAACCAAAGAGAAGGAGAGUUCAAAACCACGUGAAACAAAUCCAACGAAUGCCACAGCAAGCGACCAGGAGCAGACAUCAGGCUCUCUUUUGCCGAUGGCUGCCGAGGAUGCCCUCGAUGUCUCAAGACGUCUUGCCGAUGCUGUGGAGGCAGCAGUUGAGGCUGUUCGACAGGAACGUAAUCGUGAUGAGAAUAUAAUCGAGGUCACUGGGGACAUGGAGGUCACCCUCCCAGAGGACGAAGUCCGGGCUCCUUCAACACCGACACCUCCUCCUCCCCCACCUCCCGAGGAGAACCGAUCAUCACUAGCUGAUCAUCAUGCUACGCUGGAAUUGGCUGAAAGUAUUCUCGAUUCUGUACUCCAGCCAGGUGCUGAGGAGGCAACAAGACUGCGAAGACUGACGACAAAUCGAGAGCCUGACGAACUGAGUUUGAGUCGUUCCACCACGUGGCUCACUCAAGCACCCGUUGAGGAGGAUUCCCUCGGGGUUAAUCCCAGGGAGUCGAGGGAUCCUCACGCUUGGGUCCACAGAUUUUUGGCUCUCGAACAAUCUCGAAGAGAGAACAACGCUAAUGUCCCUCAGGACGCUUCAGCUUCGUCAUCGACAGUUGAAAGUGCUCCAGUGAAUGAGCCGCCAUCGUCCACACAGGCCCCAGAGCCACAGACACAGUCCCAAUCCGAGCAGCCACCGGUUUCCAUUCAGGACACAGCAACUGCUCAAGAAAAUCGUCAAGAUUCUCAACCGCAGGACUCUGCUGAAGGACAGCAGACGUCCUCAUCAGAAUCGCAGAUUCCUGAUGGAGUUGACCCAUCAUUUUUGGCUGCUUUACCCGAGGAAAUGCGAGACGAAGUGAUCGCUGAACAACUCAGGCUUCAGAGAAUUCGUCAACGAGCUCAGGCCACGGUCGUCGAAGAGGUGACAGGCCCAGUGGAGGUUAAUCCUGAAUUCCUUGCUGCGCUGCCUCCCGCUAUUCAGGAGGAAGUUCUGGCUCAGCAGAGGCUGGAGCAGCAGAGACAUGCCGCUGCCUCAGCAAAUCCAGCAGACCCUGUGGAUGCUGCUGCAUUUUUCCAGAAUCUUCAGCCCUCACUACGACAAGCUAUACUCACAGAUAUGGAGGAGUCACAGAUGUCUGUACUCCCCCCCGACCUCGCUGAAGAAGCUCAGAACCUACGGAGGCAGUGGGAAGCGAGAAAUCGUCACAUGAUGCAGGAGAGAUUUCUCAGUCACGUCAGCCAGGGCAACACUACCCUCUCAAGCAUCCUCAGGAACUCUGGAAGAGGUCGAGGCAAUCCGAGGUACGCAAUUUCUGGUGUCACACCGCGAGCUCAGUGGAGCUCGUGGAAUCACCGAGGAGAUACCACUCUAGGGCAUCAAAGUGCUGGAUUGAGACUUCGUGGGAGACAACUGCUGGAUCACGAGUCGAUGGCUUGCCUUCUGGUGCUGCUAUUCGUUGACGAGCCGAAAAUCAAUACUCUCAGGCUCCACAGGGUCAUCAGAAAUCUCUGCUACCAUGGAAGCACUAGAGAGUGGGUUGUUAGAGCCCUUUUGAAUAUUAUGGAAAGAAGUAAUGAUGAGAAUAAAGAGGCUCUCACUGAUUUCACUGGAAAAUUCAAAAGGAAAUCAGUUCAUCCAGCUAUCGACUACUGUUCCCCCAAAUUGUCAGAGUCAAGGAAUAAUUUCCAGUCGUGGUUGAACAUCAGCAUCGAUGCAGCUCUGGGAUGUCGAGCCAAUGUUUUUCACAUUGUGAGACAUGGAUCGAAGAAGGCUGAUCGCCAGGGAAAUAUUAUUGCUAUUCAUCCACAGGCAGCUCCCACUGUUUGCAGACACACCUUGGAGCUACUGAUAUCACUGGCCAAGAGUUUUCCAGGGUACUUUGUCCCCACAAAAUCGAAGGAGGAGGAGAAACUCAAGGAGAAGGAGUCAAGUGUCAAGGAAGAGAGUGGAGCCAAGAGCAAAACAACAUCGAAAUCCACGAAGACAGAGAUGCCAGACUUCUGGGAUAUGCUGCUUAAGCUCGAUUCUUGCGCCUCGAAGAAGGGGAAAUCAGUCGCCAGGACACACUCCAGUUCAGCAAUUGGUGCUGAGACAGAGCAGAGUCUCACAUCAUUCGAGUCCUCGGCGUUUGGACAAUUAAUUUCAAUGCUCCACUGGUCGGUCGUCAAGAGGAGCUCCCAGCUGACUGACAAACUUCUUCGUCUACUGUCUCUCAUCUCCAUUGGACUGACUGAAGUAAAUCCCUACAGAAGACAGGAUGCAACUAAAAAUAAAAAAGUUGAGCCCAGUAAGGAGCAGAGUGUGGCAGCUCCCGAGGGACACCUGAGGCUCGCAGUGCAAGUUCUCACGAGUAAAAGUUGCUCUGAAGAGGGUCUCGAGGAUGCCACUGCACUUUUACUCAAUCUCUCCCACUGUCCAGAUCCCACCAGACAAUUAAUCCUCAAGCUUCUACUCGAAGGAGCCAUGGAGCUAGCUAAUAUGGUUUGUGAACAUAUCAACGAACUGAUGAAAGAGCUCAAAGUGUUGAACCGAGAAUUGAAACGAAGGAAUUCACUCGAGGACCAGCCAUCAACCAGUGGAGGUUCAGCACGAGGCAUUCUCAUGGACAGAUUUACCAUGGACAAUGUCAUCGUCACAGCCCCAGCUAAAAUUAAAGCAGCCACUGACCUCCAGUUGCCCUCAAUGAGUGCACUCGUCAGCAAGACAUCUAGUCAAGCAUUUUUCUUACGUAUACUCAAGGUCAUUGUGCAGAUCAGAGAAGCGGUUAAUCUGGCGAACAAAAAGAAGAGUGAGAGUGCACCUGGAACGAGUGAGACUGCUAUGGAGACAGCGAAUACAUCGCAAGUGCAGGAGUCGGCUGUCGACGAUAACGCAACGGCUGAUAAUUCAGCUAUGGAGACGGCUCAACCAGUUCAGGAAUUACCAAAACCCUCAAACUCCAAGGCUGAGGACGAUAAAUCGACAUUACCACUGUUGAGUGAGAGCCUGGUCUUGGAUAGUUUAUGGGAGACUCUCAGUGCUUGCCUCCUCGAGCUAGAACACACUCCUGAUCAUCACGCUGUCCUCGUUCUCCAGCCAGCUGUGGAGGCAUUUUUCCUGGUGCACUCCUCAUCGAGCACCUCCUCCAAGGAUCGCAAUAACGAGACUAAUAAUGAAACUCGAGAAGCUGUAGCCGAUAUGGCACCAGUCUCCCCUAUUUACUCCGACUCAGAUGGAACAUCUGCCAAUGAAAUAUCAAAUAAUUCUGGAGCCUGGGACCUCGCACCAGCGCCUACCAAGACUUUGCCAUCUGAUCAGCUUAAGUUCCUCAAGUUUGCUGAGACCCACAGGACUGUUCUCAAUCAAAUACUCAGGCAAACUACAACGCAUCUAGCUGACGGGCCCUUCAGUGUCCUCGUGGAUCAUACGAGGGUUUUGGAUUUUGACGUCAAAAGGAGGUACUUCAGGACUGAGCUCGAGAGGAUGGACGAGGGCAUCAGAAGGGAGGAGCUCGCUGUUCACGUGAGGAGGAGUCACGUCUUCGAGGACUCCUUCAGGGAGCUCCACAGGAGGAACGCUGACGAGUGGAAAAACAGAUUUUAUAUUGUUUUUGAAGGAGAAGAGGGACAGGACGCUGGAGGACUCCUCAGGGAGUGGUACGUUAUCAUCUCCAGGGAGAUAUUCAACCCCAUGUAUGCACUUUUCACUGUUAGCCCUGGCGACAGAGUCACUUACAUGAUCAACUCGUCAUCUCACUGCAAUCCUAAUCAUCUCUGCUAUUAUAAAUUCGUGGGGAGAGUCAUCGCGAAAGCUAUCUACGAUAAUAAACUUCUCGAGUGCUACUUCACGAGGAGCUUUUACAAGCACAUCCUUGGAAUUCUCGUCAAACACACCGAUAUGGAGAGCGAGGAUUACAGCUUUUACAAGGGACUUGUUUAUCUCACUGAGAAUAAUAUCACGGAUCUGGGGUAUGAGCUGACUUUCUCGGCGGAGGUCAAUGAGUUCGGGGUCAAUGAUGUCAGGGAUUUAAUUCCCAAUGGGAGGAAUAUCGUCGUAACCGAGGAGACCAAGCUGGAGUACAUUCGGCUGGUUUGCCAAAUGAAAAUGACGGGAGCCAUUCGAAAACAAUUAAAUUCAUUCUUGGAGGGAUUCUACGACAUCAUCCCCAAACGACUAAUUUCAAUAUUCAACGAGCAGGAACUCGAAUUGCUUAUAAGUGGUUUGCCAAAUGUUGAUAUCGAGGAUCUGAGAGCGAACACAGAGUAUCACAAGUACAGUCCCACUUCACUACAGAUUCAGUGGUUCUGGCGAGCUCUUCGUGGUUUCGAUCAGGCCGAUAGGGCUAAAUUCCUUCAAUUCGUCACGGGAACCUCUAAGGUCCCUCUUCAAGGCUUUGGAGCACUGGAGGGCAUGAAUGGUGUACAGAAAUUCCAGAUUCAUCGGGACGAUCGUUCAACUGAUAGAUUACCGUCCGCACACACAUGUUUCAAUCAACUCGAUCUGCCAGUCUACGAGACAUACGAUAAACUGCGUAGCAAUUUACUUAAAGCAAUCCACGAGUGCAGCGAGGGAUUUGGAUUUGCAUAAAUUGUAUUUAAAAAGCGAUAAACCCACCCGAUGCAAACAAUAACCCAAUUACUUCAUGAAUUAACACAACCCCCAAGGCUAGAAAAUUCACAACAACCGAUGAAAUUCAAUGUGAACGCCAAUCCUUUCGUUCGUUAUUUAAAAUAUUUUUUUUACACGAUAUGAAGAAAAAAGACAAGAUGAUAAAUAAACCGCGAGCCGACGAAAUAAAUAGUUCCACUCGGUUAUCGGUGGAUAUACAUAAUUAACUAAAGCGUAUGUACAUACAUGUACUCAUUUUGGGGGGAUGUAAUUAUAACUGAAUCACUGUGCAACGCUUCCCAAAUGUCAGAGUUUAUUUUGUUGAAGAAAAAAAAACUGAAAAAAAAAACGAUAAAAAAAGGUAAUAAGUAAAUUUUUGCAAAAGUUUGUGCAGAGCUUAAAGUUGACUUUGAAAAUAGCGAAGGAAAUGAAAAAAAAAACAAUGAUUUAAAAACAAUAAUGGAGACUUUAGUUAAGAAAUCGGUCGUAAGGAUUAACAGUUAAGUUCAUUUGUAAGCAAUUAAUAAAGAAAAAUUGAAAAAUAA